UAUUGACUGUUCUUUAAAUUUGAAAAUGCUUAUCUUGAUUUAAUUUAAAUGACAGUUAUGUUAUUCUGUAGUAAGUAUUUGGUACACCAAGUGGAAUCAUGGAAACUCGAUCGCGAGCAGGAAGAAAGCGCUUAGACAGCAUGGGAGGAGAAGAUGCUCCCGCUGAAGUAUUUGAGAAAAAUACCCAACUUCCGCAGUCUACCAAUGAAGUACAAAUUGGGAAAUGGAAAUUUAACAGAGUCAUAUUUAGUACCCAUUUCAAUAUCUUCUUAUAUGCGACAUGCUUCUGGAUACAAAUAGGCACUUUGCCUUACUUAACAAAGAAGCUUGGAGUUGAUCCAGUAUUCUUCGGGUAUCUUCAAACAACAUUUGCUGUGGUACAGUUAUGUGGGGGUCCAGUGUAUGGGAGGUUUGGAGACAUGUUUGGAGGGAGAGCAGCCAUGGCUCUCGCCUUUGCCUCAGCUUCAGUUUCAUACUUCCUGCUGGGUGUAGCUGACAAUUUCUUUUCACUUUUCCUAUCCAGACUGCCAUCCAUCUUCAUGCAUGCUAUGCAAGGUGGGCAGAUGAUUGUGACUGAUAUGGGAGAGGAAGGACAGAGAGCAGCAGCUCUGGGCAAGCUGGGAUUGUCAUACGGAGUGGGCAUGGUGAUUGGCCCAUUCUUAGGAGGAUUAGUGACCAAAUACUUCAGUGAACAGACAGCUGCCUUUGUAGCCUGUGCUGGUUCCCUUGUCAGUAUGGGCAUUGUAUGGAUGUUUGUACCAAAGAGAACAAAGAAAUCACAUCUAAAGGAGAGUUCAGAUUCAGCUGUUUUCAGUUUGAAGAAGAUUUUCUCUUUGAUAAUGGCUCCAGGGGCCCCUUUUUUACUCUUCAUCAGGAUGCUGGCAGGACUGCCAAUUGGUGUUUUCCAAAGCAUGUUUUCAGUAGUUGCCUUAGAAACUUUUAAACUACCUGCAGAGCAGAAUGGCUAUUUAUUAUCUUAUGUUGGAAUUUUAACUAUGAUUGUGCAAGGUCUUGGCAUUGGAAUAUUAACAAAGAAGUUCUCAGAAAAUGACAUUCUCAAAUGGUCAUCAUUUCUUCUUGUUUGGUCCUAUUUAGCCCUUGCAUUUGUAACUGAUGUUUUCCAAUUGUGUGUAGUAAUGGCUCCUUUAGUUGUGGGACUGGCUUCCUCCAAUAUUGUAGUCAGCAGCGCCCUCACAAAGACGGUGUCUGACCAGGAUACAGGAGCAAUGCUAGGAUUGAACAUGGCUGUUAACUCUUUAAUAAGGACAAUCUCUCCUACAGUUGGGGGAUAUCUACUAAAGCAGUAUGGCUUUCAAUCUUUCGGAUACCUCGGAUUCAUAAUGCUCACAGUUGCUACAAUUAUUCUGUUUAUAAAAUUGAGACAGUAGAAUGUAUCAGGGUAUUUUGUCAUGCAUUCCUUAAGUUUACUGAUAUUUAUAUGAUUUUUUUAUGUCUGUGAUUUUGUUUGUUUUCCAAAUGACAGUACCUGAUUUUAUCUUUUAAGCCAUUUAUGUCUUGUUUAAAAUGGGAUAUACUAUGGUCAUUGGAUUAUGAUAUGGGGAUGAUAAUAUAUAUUUCAUAAUUAUGAUCAAUGCCAGGGUUUACUUCAAAUUGUUAUCAUGUUUCAAAAUAUAACAAUAAAAGUUGACUGAUAUAACAGGAGAGUUGAUGUGUGAGUCUUCUCCUGUAUGGUGUUUUAUGUUGUGUUGAAAUUUGACUCUGAACUUUUGACAUUUUUAAAACAUAUACAUGUACAUGCUUAUGGGUCAAGUUAAAGGGCAGGUGUAAAAAUGGUACAGUUUAUUAGUGGGGGGGGGGGAUAUAAUCUAUUAUCACUACAGAUCUAUCUUAAGUUGCAGUUUUCCUUACAGUGUUAUAAGGAAGAAGUGUGCAUCUAAGACACACAUCCUUUAUAAGGAUUUUUUUUUCUAUUGAACAAAUUUGCACUAUUUAAAGGAGCACCAUUUUUUGUUCGGAGGUAGAAGUGUAAGUUUGUAGAGUUAACACAUAUGUUUUCUCUUAAACUGUCUCUGUUGAAUAAAAGUAUAACAACAUUGAAA